AUGUCUCCCAAAUUCGCGCCGAUGCAGAACGAUCUGCUCUUGCGGACUGCACGAGGCGAGAAAGUCGAGCGCCCCCCCAUGUGGGUAAUGCGGCAAGCCGGCCGCUACCUCCCCGAAUACCACGAAGCCAAAGGCAAUCAUGACUUCUUCGCCUGCUGCCGCUCCCCCGAAAUCGCCUCGACGCUGACCCUGCAGCCCAUCGAGCGCUACGCCAACCUCAUCGACGCCGCCAUAAUCUUCUCAGACAUCCUCGUCAUCCCGCAAGCCAUGGGGAUGGAAGUCGUCAUGGUGGACAAGAAGGGGCCGCAUUUCCCUCACCCGCUUCUCACGCCUCAGGAUCCGCAGUACCGCGAGGUGCUGGAGCGCGAGGUCGAUGUCAGGAAGGAGCUGGGCUACGUGUACGACGCGAUCACGCUCACGCGGCAGAAGCUGGCGGGGAGGGUGCCGCUGCUGGGGUUCUGUGGCGCGCCGUGGACGCUGCUGUGUUACAUGGUGGAGGGCGGGGGGAGCAAGAUGUAUGUGCGGGCGAAGACGUGGGUGUACAAGUAUGCGGAGGAGAGCAAGCGGCUGUUGCAGAAGAUCGCGGAGCUGUGUGUUGAGUACUUGGCGCUGCAGGUUGUGGCUGGUGCUCAGAUGAUUCAGGUGUUUGACUCGUGGGCGGGGGAGCUGUCGCCGUCGAGUUUCAAGGUCUUCGCAUUGCCUUACCUGCAGUACAUUGCUGAUCACCUGCCGGAUCGAUUGAGAGAGCUCGGAGAAGAGGUGGUGCCUAUGACGGUCUUUGCGAAGGGCGCUUGGUACGCACUGGAGGACCUAUGUAACACCAAUUACAACGUCAUCGGUUUGGACUGGCUGCACGAUCCAGCGGAGGCAUUCAGCAUAGCGCAGACACAUGGCAAGGUCCUGCAGGGCAAUGCCGAUCCCGGUGUGCUGUACGGAGGAAAGGGGGCGAUCUCCGCUGUCGUCAAGGAGAUGGUGAAGGGUUUCGGCGGAGGCAAGCAGGGGUGGAUAGCGAACUUAGGGCACGGUAUCACGCCCUUUGUAGAUCCUGAUGAUCUGCGGCACUUCUUCCAGGAGAUACACAAUCAUACAGCGGGUGAUAGAAAAUAG